UCCAAUGAUGAUCAAUACUUCCUGCUCAGCCCCUUUUUCCUGCGGCUGGCUUACUGAAGCACUGUCACUGGAGUUCUUUGAAGAUGGGACAAAUGGAGAGAAUCAAAGAUUGAAAAGCACUCAAGAUUAUCUCGGCAGUUCUUGUAUUUUUACCAGAACAAGAGACUUGCUUAGCUCAACCUUCCUCACACUCGCUAUUCUCAAGACCUGGGUUCCAGCCACUUUCUUACCGGCUCCGAGGAGAAUUUCCGAAGAGACACCUGCAGUAUUUCCACAGCUCAGCUAUGCUACUGUUGCUCAUACCAGUGCUGGGGAUGAUUUUUGCCCUGAGAGAUGCCAGAGCCCAGUCUGUAAGCCAGCAUAACCACCAUGUGAUUCUCUCUAAAGGGGCCUCACUGGAGUUAGGAUGCAACUAUUCCUACGGUGGCACUGUUAAUCUCUUCUGGUAUGCCUAGCACCCUGGUCAAGACCUUCCGUUUCUCCUCAAGUACCUUUCAGGGGACCCAUUGGUUAAAGACAUCAAAGGCUUUGAGGCUGAAUUUAUGAAGAGUAAAUCCUUCUUUAACCUGAGGAAACCCUCUGGGCAGUGGAGUGACAUGGCUGAGUACUUCUGUGCCGUGAAUGCCACAGUGAAUGGGACCGCAAAGGGAGCUGAACACAAACUUCGUAAGGUGCUAGGGAGAAUAACUGCCUCUGAAAGAUUUUGGAU